AGAAAAUAUCUCGUUCCAUUGGGUAAACGGCAACAUUCUGAAGCAUACCCACGAAGUAUACUGCGAUAGCUACAGUCAAACUAGAUGAAAGUCAAGCAGGUUGAUUAGACUUACCCGGAAGGCAUCAAUCUCUCACGCGCCAUCGAUAUGUUUUUCAUCGUAGCUAUGAAUGUGGUCUGCAUGGUCAAUGCCGGAGAAUCUCUUGGAAUCAUUUUCAACACAAUACUCGAUGACAAUACGGGACUAGCGCUAAACGUUACCAAUAUUGUCCUCUCUGUUGCGAUGUUCAUGGCAGGCAUAAUGAGUCUGGACAUGCCCCCUUUUUUCAAAGGCCUCAAGAAGCUUUCGCCGCUGGGAUAUGUCAUUCGAAAUGUCAUUCCGUAUGCCUUCCGUGGACAGACUUUCACCUGCAGUGAUGAUCAAAGGCGGUCCGAUGGUUCUUGCGCAAUAAGCAGUGGUGAAGAGGUCCUCGAGAUGUUUGACAUGGAUGCACCCCUCAAUCUUGGUGCAGUCGUAGUGAGCAUGGUGAUAUAUCGCAUAUUGGCCUAUGCUGUUAUCAAGCGAAAUUGAUUUCGUUCUUAAAGAGAUUUUACAUAGGGGAUGGACAUCAUUAUAACUAAGGCUCUUGUAUUUGUCGUAGGGGCGAAAAAGACGAAGUUGAAUUUAGUUGACAUGAUGAUCGUUGUGGAUAAACGAUCUGGACAGCCACGCAUCGAUCCAUGCCGAGUUGAGAUCAGUGGCAGUGGGAGAAUUUGGUUCUCUGGAUUUGGCCAAAUACAACCGUCACUUAGUGUGGACUAC